CAGGCAGGCUCGAUUGGAAUUUGCAGAGAUCUCCGUUGGACUCCUUCACCAUGUCGGACUAUCGAAAGGUUCCCAUUAAGAAAUUCUCUAAGCCGGCUGGGCGGAAGACAGCAGAAGCCACUUAUUGGCGAAAGUUCAAGUCGCCUGUGCUGUUGAAAGAAUAUGCCGCCGUCAGCUCCAUCCACUUCUCCCCAGUUGCCCCUUACGACUUUGCUGUGACGAGUUCGACCCGCAUACAAAUAUAUAGUACUAGCACACAGUCUGUCAAGAAGACAAUAUCCCGUUUCCAGGACACUGCGUACAGUGGACAUAUAAGAGGAGAUGGGAAGCUUUUGGUUGCUGGUGAUGCUUCAGGGUUGGUUCAGUUGUUUGACCUUAACAGUCGGGCCAUUCUGCGGACCAUGCGAGGUCAUGACGGCCCAGUGCACAUGACACGGUUUUCGCCUGAUCAUCAACAAAUCCUUUCGGGCUCGGAUGAUAAUACUGUCCGAGUGUGGGACGUAGCAACUGAAACACCUUUGGCUGUUUUUGAAGACCACGAGGAUUACGUUAGGACCGGUCUCGUCAGUACCGAGAAUCCGCACCUUGUGCUAUCCGGUUCUUACGACCACACCGUGAAAUUGUGGGAUUUGCGCUCGAAAGUGUGUACAAUGACGAUGAGACACGGAUUUCCAGUAGAGUCUCUUUUAUUAUUCCCAGGAAGCGGCCUAGUGGCCUCGGCAGGUGGCAAUCAGAUUAGGAUCUGGGACAUAUUAGGUGGCGGCCGGCAUCUCCAGACGCUUGCAAAUCAUCAGAAAACGAUAACAUGCAUGACUUUUGACGGGUCGGGGACGAGGAUUCUGACAGGAUCGCUGGAUCACCAUGUCAAAGUCUACAGCGCGAGAGAUUACAAAGUCGUGCACAACAUCAAAUACCCAGCACCGAUUCAAAGUAUAGGGGUCUCGCCGAAUGAUACCCACCUGGUCGUGGGAAUGAAUAAUGGUCUACUCUCCAUACGACAACGUAUGGUAAAGACUGCCGAUUUAGUCAACCCGGCAAAAGAUGACUUUAGGAGAGGUAGCCAGAAGUACUGGAAUCGUGGUGGGGAUUAUGUUCCUGAAGGGCACGACAUCCAAGUUGAGGCGCAUAAGGGGAAGCAGCUCAAGAGCUACGACAAGCUGAUGAGAAGAUUUCGCUACGCUGAUGCACUGGACGCGUCACUGUCUGGGAACCAUCGAUCGGUUAUUGUAAUAAGUGUGCUUGAGGAAUUACGACACCGAGGAGGGCUUCGGGCCGCAUUGGGCGGGAGAGACGAUAAAUCUUUGGAGCCGGUGCUACGCUUUAUAAUGAAGCAUAUCUCGAAUCCUCGAUACUCAAAUUUUUUGAUAGAUAUUGCAAACAUUAUUUUAGAUAUGUACGAAGGAGUAUUGGGACAAGCUCCGUUGAUUGAUGAGCUGAUCGCGCGAAUCCGGAAAAAAGUCGCACAAGAGAUCCAGCUACAGGAACGACUGAACGAGGUCAUGGGGUUCAUGAUGACACUGCUCUCAGCAGCAACAUAAUGUAAAUUAUCAUUGCAUAUAGUACAAUUCGCACCCUUAUAAAACUUAGUCAGAACGUAUACGCCAC